AUGGGUAAAAAAGUCGUGUCAUUACCAAUCGAAUUAGUCCUCGAGAUAUUCUCCCAUGUGCCGACGAGGCAACUCUGUAAAUUCAUGACUCUCUCAAAAACCUUUGAUUACGAGAUAAGGAAAAUCUUUAUUGCAAGAUUCAACUCCAUCUUUUGGAAUUCACAUAGGAGAUUACUGGUCUUGAUGACAAGAUAUCUCCUAGACUUUGUUCCGGUACAUAAUGUCUUCGAUCUAACAUUCAGUAGAUUUGACACUUCGACCCUUAUGGCCACCUUUUACCUAGAUCCUUCCCAGCCCUCAAACACCGUAGGUCCAAACCAUUCUAAGUUAUGGGGACUAAAACUUCGAGGCGACGGAAUACUUCGAGACAAUAUGCUAAACGAACCGCUAAUGUACACCAAUUGGGAUUGUCCGACGGAAACUCACGAUUCUCGAAUCUAUGUAUUUGACUCAGAGACCGAUAAGGAGCAUCCAUUUCUCAAAUCGUUCUUCGUCACACGUGGCCAACUGAAAGUCCCAACCGGUGAAUGCGGAAAGACCAACGGGUUGUGGGAAAGUUCGAUCAUGGGAAAGAAUAAACAUAAAUCUUCACAAGCCAAAUUUGUGGGUAAGAAUGAGUUGAAAGAAGACGGCUCGAAUUUGCAAACGGUGUUGGGCAUGUUGAAUGAAGUUAACAUAAAGGCCACGAUGUUAUUAGCAUCGAUUGAGGAACAGACGAAAGACCGAUGUAUCGGGGGCAUAAGAUUUCUGGUAUUGGAAGGUGGGGAAGAAUUCUUGAAAAGAAAAAAGUGUUGCACUAUUUCAUAG